AUGGAUCUGAUGAAUAGGGUAUUUCUUGAGUUCUUGGAUCAGUUCGUGAUUGUGUUCAUCGAUGAUAUUUUGAUAUAUUCUCGAUUAAAAGAAGAGCAUGGGCGACAUCUUCGUAUAGUAUUGGAGACGCUCCGGCGAGAACGUCUCUAUGCAAAAUUCAACAAAUGUGCAUUCUGGUUAUCUUCUGUGGGUUUUCUGGGACAUAUUGUUUCUAGCAGUGGUAUAUCCGUGGACCCACAAAAGAUAGAGGCUGUUACCAGUUGGGAGCAGCCAAAGUCUGUACAGGAGAUUCGUAGCUUUCUUGGUUUGGCCGGGUAUUACCGCAGAUUUGUUGAGGGCUUCUCUAGCAUAGCUCUGCCGUUGACUCAAUUGACCAGGAAAGGGGUGAAGUUUUGCUGGAUAGAGUCUUGCGAGACGAGUUUUCAGGAACUUAAGCGAAGACUCAUUUCUGCACCUAUACUGGUACUUCCUUCUGGAGAUGAUGGCUUCGUACUUUAUACAGAUGCAUCAUUACAGGGGUUAGGCGUAGCACUCAUGCAGCAUGGACGGGUAGUUUCUUAUGCCUCACGUCAGUUGAAAGAGCAUGAGAAGAAUUAUCCAGUGAAUGACUUGGAAUUAGCAGCUAUUAUAUAUGCGCUGAAAAUCUAG